AUGUUUAGGACUAUUUUGGUCAAAGAAGAGCAAAGGCCGCUACAAAGAAUAUUAUGGCGAGAUUCGAAGUCCGAGCCUUUAAAAUGCAUUCAGUUAAAAACUGUAACAUACGGUACAAAAUGCGCGCCUUAUCUAGCAUGCCGGACUCUGCGCAUGUUAGCUGGACAACAUAAAGAAGAAUAUCCAGAAGCCGCUGACAUUAUCGAGUCUGAAUGUUACAUGGACGACUUCCUAUCUGGAGCAGACACUCUUGACCAGGCGCAACAAGUUUGUAGUCAACUCAUAGAAGUUUUACAAAAGGGAAACUUCGUUCUUCAUAAAUGGACUACGAAUGAGCCUCAACUACUUACAAAUGCUGUAUCUACAAAUGAUGACACAGUAUAUGAUUUUACCCCUAGCGCAGCUGUCAAGACGUUGGGAGUGAAGUGGUUACCACAAAGCGACGCGCUUACUACAGCUAUUCCAGAGCUACAACAGUUCGAGCUUACUAAACGCAAUAUACUGUCUGCAAUAGCAAAAAUAUAUGAUCCUAUUGGCAUACUAGCGCCAACGGUCAUUAUAGCCAAGAUCCUUAUGCAAGACAUUUGGAAAGCCAAGAUUGAUUGGGACAUGGUCAUUCCAGAAGAUCUACAAAGAACUUGGCUAGAGUUUCAAGCUAAUCUGCCCGAGCUCAAAAACAUUAAUGUCCCUAGAUACUAUUUCUCUGAUAUACCAACGUGGAUAACCUUGAUAGGGUUCAGUGAUGCUUCUGCGAAAACCUUCGGUGCUGUUGUUUAUUUCAGAGCUACAUAUCCUAACAAAGAACCCACCUGCAGUCUUGUUAUGGCGAAGACAAGAAAAGCCAACAUAAAGGAUCAGAUCGCAAGGGAUGACGGCAAGCGCCCCGACGGGAUGUCGUUGAUCCCUGGGCGGAUGGGCCGCGCGCUGGUGUGGGACGCCACCUGCGCAGAUACGUUGGCUGCGUCCUACAUUUCAGCUACCACCACCAGCAAACAGGCCAGGGCGGCGGCUAACUACGAAUUCAUAACCUGUGGCGUCGAGUCACUAGGAUUGCCUGAUAAAUUUAAAGAUAUACUUAAAUGCCAGCACAGAUUUACCGCCGAUCACAAUGGCUAA